AGCGGCAGCCGCGGGGCGAGGGAGCGGAGAGCCAGAGCAGCGUGGUACCGAUGGACUUCCCAGCCGGCAUCCUGCGGGAUGGCAGCCCCAUGGAGAGCCUGGAGAAGCAGCUCAUCUGCCCCAUCUGCCUGGAGAUGUUCAGCAAGCCGGUGGUGAUCCUGCCCUGCCAGCACAACCUCUGCCGCAAGUGCGCCAACGACGUCUUCCAGGCUGCCAACCCGUACUGGCAGAGUCGGGGGGGCAGCGUGAUCUCAGGGGGGCGGUUCCGGUGCCCGUCGUGCCGCCACGAGGUGCUGCUGGAUCGCCACGGAGUCUAUGGGCUGCAGAGGAACCUGCUGGUGGAGAACAUCAUUGACAUCUACAAGCAGGAGUGCUCUAGCAGGCCGCUGAAGAAGGGGGACCACCCCAUGUGCAAGGAGCACGAGGACGAGAGGAUCAACAUCUACUGCGUCACCUGCGAGGUGCCCACCUGCUCCAUGUGCAAAGUCUUCGGUGCCCACAAGGACUGCGAGGUUGCCCCCCUGGAAAACGUCUUCCAGGGCCAGAAGACCGAGCUGAACAACUGCAUCUCCAUGCUGGUGGCAGGGAACGACCGGAUCCAAACGAUCAUCUCCCAGCUGGAGGACUCCUGCCGAAGCACCGAGGAGAACAGCGAGGCGGCCAAGCGGGAGCUGUGUGGCCGCUUCGACGCCUUGGCAGCGCUGCUGGAGGAGAAGAAAUCGGAGCUGCUGCAGCGCAUCAGCCGCGAGCAGGGCGACAAGACCAGCUUCAUCCAGGGCCUCAUCUGCCAGUACAAGGAGCAGCUGGAGAAGUCCAGCAGGCUGGUGGAAACGGCCAUCCAGGCCAUGGAGGAGACUGGAGGGGCUGCCUUCCUCAUGAACGCCAAGCAGCUCAUUCAGAUGAUUGUGGAAGCCUCCAAGGGUGGCAGGCUGGAGAAGAUCGAGCAGGGCUACGAGAGCAUGGAAGCCUUCUCCGUCAGCCUGGACCACCUCACUGAAGCAGUCAAUGCUUUGGACUUCGACCUCGCUGAGGAAGACGAGGAAUACUUUGAUGGGGAGGAAGAAGACGUGGAGCAGGACGUGGUGCCUGAGAGGACAGUGAUGGGUAACGUCUAA